UAAAUGAAGUAUGCGAUCGCUGAUUCCGGAAAUAACCUUAGAUGUGAUAAUGCUACAGCAUUAAACCUGGAGCUAGAGGACCGGCGUCGUGACGACCCCGCAUCGCUUGAUAGGAAGGUUCCGGAGUAAACCAUAGGAGUGGAGGGCCAAAUAUGUGUGUAAGAAGGUAAUCAUCUCCAUCUUAGAUUCACAAUUCUCAAAUUGAAUCGAUUCCGAAAGUACCUACCUAAGUGCCAUUAGACAAUCCGCAUCAAGAACAUCCACAAUGUCUUUGGGAGAAGCAAUUCCAGUGGUGAACUUUGCCGUAUGGUCGAUGGGCUCAACUGAAGAUAAGAAACAUAUUGCUCAAGAGUUAACAGACGCAUGUCGCAAAGUUGGCUUUGUAUAUGUCGUCAACCAUGGAGUACCCAAUGAUUUGCUGGAGGAAGCUUUUGGUUGGUCCAAGAAGCUCUUCGAUCUACCUCGGGAGAAGAAGAUGCUAGCACCCCAUCCACCAGGCCCUAAUGUCCACCGUGGAUAUUCGUGGCCUGGUCUAGAAAAGGUAUCGCAAGAUAUCAUCAAAGAUGGCGACGAAUCUAAAGAGGCCGAGAACCGGAAAAUCUCAGAUGUCAAGGAGAGCUAUGAAAUUGGCAGUGAGGAAUCCAAAUUACAGCCGAACGUCUGGAUACCCGAAGACAUCCUCCCUGGCUUCCGUGAAUUUAUGGUGCCAUUCUACUGGAAGUGUUUCGGAAUAGGAAAAGAAUUGCUGCGUGCUUUAGCCAUCGGAAUUGGACUUGAAGACGAGGACUUCUUUCUUCGUUUUCAUAGCGGCGAAAAUAACCAAUUAAGGCUACUUCACUACCCGCCAGUGGAAUCAGAGAAGCUUUCCAGUAACGAAGUCGCUCGUAUGCCCGCUCAUUCUGAUUGGGGUACGAUCACAAUGUUAUUCCAAGACGACUGCGGAGGUUUGCAAGUUGAGCACCCGAAUGAGCGGAACCAUUUCGUUGAUGCGACGCCGAUGAAGAAUACCUUGGUUAUGAACGUGGGCGACUUAUUGAUGAGAUGGAGCAAUGAUUUCUUGAAAUCGACGCUCCAUCGCGUCACUCUUCCACCAGUUCAGAGCAAGCCUCAAGCUGAUGGAAAGCUUAUGACAAGACCAAGAUACUCGAUCCCAUACUUCGUUUCUCCAGACCCGGAAGCUAUUAUUGAAUGUUUAUCAGUAUGCAUAGAUGAGAAACACCCUGUCAAGUACGAGCCGGUUGUGCAGGAAGAGUAUAGGCGAAUGAGAGCCAGAGGACAGUAUGCGGAACCAACGACCACUCCAAUAACGGUCUCAUAGUGAACUCGUGGUUUCGGAUUGAUGAAUGUCAAGAGUCGUUUAAAUGAGGACACGCUACGCCAUCAAUUGGCAAGGGUUACAAAAGCUGCUGGUACAGAUUACGGAACUUCGGAUACCCCACCAGGUACUCAGAAAUCGACAGGGGUUAUCUAUAAGCGCCUGUUUUGGCGCUCAUGAGCGGGGCAUAGCGCGUAAUCAUACUCCCCACACCGUUUGUCGGGAUCAAUGGGGUUGGUUACAGCAAGUUACAACUCUCCAGCUUCAUUAAUGAUUGGACAAAUCUCAUCGACGCCGAGGAGCUGGUCAAGCUGUAU